AUGAUACGAGCAGGGGCAGACAUGGAAGUCUGCCUGGGCUGUGAGUAUGGGCAUGUGGUGGAGUGGUGCUCGUGGAAGGCCUACGGCCCAAGGGUCACGGAUGCGUGGGUUUGGGCUGGCCUCUGGUGUGUGUUUGGUGCAGGUGGCCCACCUGCACCAACGACGGCAGUAGCGGCAGGUGCAAUAGUCGGCGGCCCAUCCGGUAAAGACGCGGCGGAGGCAUGCAGCGGUGGCCAGGGAGAGAUGCGGCGGUGGCGUGUGGAGGGAACCCCCUCCCCAGCGAUGAAAAGGCACUGGUGUUCCCGAACUAGCAGGGACUGCUAUUGUUAA